UGGCUCUCGCCCCUUCCAUUCCUUCUCUUUUCUGCAGGCCACGACAUUAAUGGAGCUCUGGAACCUUCCAACAUCGACACCAGCAUUCUGGAAGAGUACAUCAGCAAGGAAGACUCACCAGAUAUCUGCUUCCCGGACAUCCCUGCCUCAGCCAGCUACGCACAUACCCAGCCUUCCGGCUCUGCCUCUGUCAGCGCUCCUGUUGCCAGCUCCAUCUCCAGCGUCGCUCAUGUGACCAACCCAGCUUCCAGUGGUGCCCUCCAUCUCUGUCCCCCAGGCAGCCAAGGCCCGGUCCGUCAUGGUCCUCUUUUGGCCAACCCCUGUGGACCCAGCUACAGUGCUCACCUCAACUGCAAUAACAACAAUGGCAUGGUGGUGCCCAAGGGGUACCUCAGCGGCCACUGCCUGAAUAACGUGGUCCCUCCAAUCAAAUCGGAGCCCAAGGCCUCCUAUGCACCUGGCACUUUACCCGACUCUCCCCCGGACUCUGGAUCAGAAGCCUACUCCCCCCAGCAGGUGAAUGAUCCUCACCUCCUCCGGACCAUGACCCCCGAGAACAUGUGCCACAUGACUCCACCUUCCCGGCUGGAGCACCCUCCCCCGCCUCCCCACCUUCAGGGUCCCCCACCACCUCCGCCGCAUCCACACCAGCAGCAGCACACCCCCCACUAUCCCAGUAUGCAGCGGGACAUGUUCAUGAAGCCUGAGCCGCUGAUGCCGCCGUACGUCAUCGGGCAGGGCAUGUCCCCGGGCGAUCUCCACCACGCCCAGCAGUCGCAGAUGCUUCACCAGCUCCUGCAGCAGCACGGAGCAGACCUCCCAGUUCACCCAGCCAAGAAGAGGAAACACUCAGAGUCGCCCCCCAACACACUCAACGCACAGAUGCUCAACGGGAUGAUAAAGCAGGAGCCAGGUAUGGGGUCUGUGCCACUCAACCCUGACAGAGUCCAAACGCCUCCCUGGCACCAGCAGGGGGCACUCUCACCAGGGCUAAUUCAAGACAACGACAGCUUGAACGGCUCCUACCUGGAUCCCAACUACCAGUCCAUAAAGUGGCAGCCGCAUCAGCAGAACAAGUGGGUGACUCUCUACGAUGCCAACUACAAGGAGCUCCCCCCACCCACGUACCGGGUGGAUGCGGACAAAGGCUUCAACUUCUCCGUGGGUGACGAUGCCUUCGUGUGCCAAAAGAAGAAUCACUUCCAGGUCACGGUCUACAUUGGCAUGAUCGGAGAUCCCAAGUAUGUGAAGACUCCUGAGGGCCUGAAGCCCCUCGACUGCUUCUACCUGAAGCUGCAUGGAGUGAAGUUAGAGGCCUUGAACCAAUCGAUCAACAUAGAGCAGUCACAGUCUGACCGCAGCAAACGGCCCUUCAACCCUGUCACGGUCAACCUGCCUCCGGAGCAGGUCACGAAGGUCACCGUGGGGCGGCUGCAUUUCAGCGAGACCACGGCUAAUAACAUGAGGAAGAAGGGCAAGCCCAACCCUGACCAGAGGUACUUCAUGCUCGUGGUGGCCCUCCAGGCCCAUGCCCAGAACCAGACCUACACGCUGGCUGCCCACAUCUCCGAGCGCAUCAUCGUCAGACAAAGGGCCAGUUCGGGGGUAAAACACAAACGGAGGGCGGACGGGGACCCCGGAGUCUGCAGACAAGCCUCUAACCCGGGUCAGUUUGAGAGUGACAGUGACGUCCUCUGGCAGCGGGCUCAGCUCCCUGACACGGUUUUUCACCACGGCCGAGUUGGCAUCAACACCGACCGCCCCGAUGAAGCCCUGGUGGUCCAUGGCAACGUGAAAGUCAUGGGAUCGCUGAUGCACCCGUCAGACAUCCGAGCAAAAGACGACAUCCAGGAGGUGGACACCACAGAACAGCUGAAGAGGAUCUCCCGUAUGCGGCUGGUGCAUUAUAACUACAAGCCAGAGUUCGCCACCACUGUGGGCAUUGAAAGCACGUCUGAGACAGGUGUCAUUGCUCAGGAAGUGAAGGAGAUCCUUCCCGAAGCAGUGAAAGACACUGGGGACAUGGUCUUUGCCAAUGGGAAAACCAUCGAGAACUUCCUGGUGGUGAAUAAGGAGCGGAUCUUCAUGGAGAACGUUGGGGCAGUGAAGGAGCUCUGCAAACUGACCGACAACCUGGAGACCCGCAUUGACGAGCUGGAACGGUGGAGUCACAAGCUGGCUAAGCUCAAGCGGCUGGACAGCAUGAAGUCAACGGUCAGCUCUGGGGCGUUCAGCCAAACAGGAAGUCAGUUCAGCCGUGCAGGAAGUGUGCCCCACAAAAAGAGGCCCCACAAAAUGGCCAGCAAGUCCCCAUCUGUUAUCACGGAACAAGCCUGCAUCAGCCAGCGCUUCUUGCAAGGCACCAUCAUCGCCUUGGUCGUCGUCAUGGCGUUCAGUGUGGUGUCCAUGUCCACCCUCUACGUGCUCAGCUUGCGCAAUGAAGAGGACCUCGCAGAUAUUGAUGGGUACGUGUCCCCUUCAUGCAUGCAUCCUCCAGAACGUGUUGUGGCUUCCUUUGUUCCCUGGGGGCCUGCAAUACUUGGCAGACUAGAGGGAAUACAGAGAUGAGCAGAAAAGACAGGCACAGGGCUGGAGGGAUAGGUUUGUGCAGCGAGAUUAAAGGAAUGAUGUGGCUUUGC